GGUUGAAAACAAACGAAAAUUCGCCACGUUAGUUUCUUGACAUAUGUUCUAUGCUAUGUCUGUAGAGAUUAUUUCAAGAAAAAGUUAUUGUGAAGCAUUUUAAAGAACUGAAAAUAAUUAAUGAUGAAAUAAGGUUCUUGAAUAGGGGAACAAAACGGAGUCAGAGAAGGGAGAUAAUUUUGUAAUGACUAUUGAAAAUCAACAAAAUAUGACAACACAGCGUAAACCAGGUGCCCGACACACAGUGGAAGCAACAGAUGCAGAAUCAUCGCAAUCUUUUCCUCAUAUGAUGUUCUCAACACACAUUGAUCAACCAGGACAACACAGUGAGGAUGAUAAACAUGAAAAGCACAGUAAAGAUGGACUCAAGGGAGACUAUGGAAAUAUUUCUUUGUUAAUGUUUCUAUAUAUACUUCAAGGAAUUCCCUUAGGAUUAGCCGGGAGUAUUCCAAUGUUAAUGACGAGUAGAAAUGUCAGCUACAAAGACCAGGCUGUGUUCAGUUUUGUGUUCUGGCCUUUCAGCAUUAAAUUGUUAUGGGCACCACUAGUGGAUUCUUUAUAUUUUUCGUGGUUUGGACGUCGUAAGACAUGGCUUGUGCCUAUACAAUACCUAAUAGGUGUAUUUAUGUUGGUUUUAUCUUGGAAUGUUGAUAAAUUGUUAGGGACAGAAAAUGGCGGAGGACAUGUAAACAUUGUUUAUAUAACUGUGAUAUUUUUUAUGCUUAAUGUUCUAGCAGCCACUCAGGAUAUAGCAGUCGAUGGCUGGGCUCUAACCAUGUUGGCAAGGCGAAAUGUGGGAUGGGCCAGUACCUGUAAUUCAGUAGGACAAACAGCUGGAUAUUUUUUAGGAAAUGUUCUAUUUUUAGCUCUAGAGUCAGCUGAUUUCUGCAAUAAAUAUCUCAGAUCUGAACCUAAAGAAACUGGUUUAGUCACAUUAGCAAGUUUUUUAUAUUUCUGGGGCAUUGUAUUUUUUACCACAACAACAUUAGUGUGGAUCUUCAAGCAUGAGUCUGAUGAUCCUGAUGCAGAUGGAGAGCAGGGUAUCAUUGAUACAUAUAAACAACUCAUUCGUGUGAUACAACUUCCUGCAGUCAUAUCAUACGCUGCCAUCAUACUCACGGCUAAGGUUGGAUUUUCUGCUGCAGAUUCAUUAACUGGGCUGAAGCUGAUAGAAUCUGGUAUGCAGAAACAGACUCUAGCCCUGUUUGCUAUACCUAUGAUUCCAAUACAGAUAGUAUUACCACUAAUAAUUAGCAAGUUUACAGCUGGUCCUAAACCAAUGGACGUAUUCCUCAGGGCUAUGCCAUUUAGGUUAAUGCUAGGGUUACUGUAUGCUUUCAUUGUAUGGCUGUCAUCACAAGUGCAAGAGACAAAAGGGAAUUUCCCAACUUAUUUGUAUGCCCUCAUAUUGUGCAGUUAUGCAAUUCAUCAAGUAGCAUUAUACAGUAUGUUUGUGUCCCAGAUGGCUUUCCAUGCCAAAAUAAGUGACCCUGCUAUAGGAGGAACUUACAUGACUCUGUUAAACACAUUGGCAAACCUUGGUGGGAAUUGGCCAGCUACAGUAGCAUUGUGGUUAGUAGAAGGACUAACAUGGAAGUCCUGUAAUGGAGGUCCUGGUCAGUGUUCUUCUACGGCUGAGUCUGAGGCUUGUACAUCAGCAGGAGGCACUUGUCAAACAGAGAUAGAUGGAUAUUAUAUAGAAUCAUUCUUGUGUGUAGUGAUUGGUAUUUUCUGGUAUUUAUGGCGACAAAAAAGAGUACGGCAGUUAGACAGACUACCAUUAGAUGCAUGGAAAUGUUCCUAGUAUAGAGACAUUAUUAGGAUUGAAUGAAACUUUGACUUGAUUGUAUGGAAUAAGUCAGUUAUGUAUGAAGCAUUUAGAAAAGUUAACAUAAAUUAAAACUAAAUAUAUCAUGUAUAUUCGGGCAAUUUAAGAAUUAUUUGAGGGGGGUGGGGAUUGGAAGGCACCUCAUAUUAAUUAAAUAAUUUUUCACACAUUAAUGCAUCAAAUUUCUAAGGGCUAUUCCAUUAAAAUGUAUGUGGGAGGGUAGGAAGGGACUUUCCAAAUAUCCCUACAAGCAAGAACCAUUUUUUAGAUAAUUUUGCGUAAUGGUAAUAGUUGCAUACUGAAAAAAGACCCAUGACCCACAUUCAAUAAUUAAACUUCCCUUCCUAACCUCCCACAUACAUUUUAAUGGAAUAGCCCUAAUUAAAAUUGUAUAGGUGGGGGUCUUGGGGUGAAAAAAGUGCCUUCCAACUUGCCCAAACAUUUUAUUUUUGUAGUAGCCCUAAGUUGUACAGACCUUAGGGAAGAUCAACUAAGAAAUUCCAAUGCAAAAUUUUAUUUUAAUUAAAUAUCAAAUGUGAAUGUUUUAUGGGUAAAAAAAGUACAAAUAACCAAAUAUAUAAAAAGCUUUCUUCUUACUACUGUUAAAUUGUGAAAUCCUGAAAAUUAAAAGCAUUUAUGAUUGAGAUUUGAAAAUUUAAUGAAAAUUUCCGCUGUACAAAAUUAUCUAAUUUUCAAUAUUACCUCUAAAAUUUAAUUUCAAUCUAUAAACUCAAUUAAAAUUUGGAUAACAUCAUUGAAUGCAAAUAGGAGGAGGGGGGAACUAGCAAAAAAUAUUCAUAUGUUAGUUAUUUAAUACAACAAUAUAAGUAGUACUUUUACAGUGUGAAAACCAGAAAGCAUUGAAUUCACAAGUAAGAUGUGUCAGAAUUUUCAUAGAACAAAUGUCUGUAUAGAUGAUGCUUAAGAGUCUAGAUAGUUCUAAUAGAGAACAGUUUAAAUUACAUUUUGCUUUUCAGUUCGAAGAAAUCAUAUUUCAUGAUAUUAUUUAUUAAAAACUCUAUAAACAUAAUCAGGAAUACUAUUAAAUUUUAUGAAAUUUCUUAGAAAAGCGUACAUGAUUGUACGUCCUAUAAAUUUUUUUAGUCAGUUAAUGGACAUCCUAUAUUUCUUUCUCCCAGUAGUAGUAAUAGAUGUUAUCAAUAUUUUAUAAUUAAUAUCAUUGUUUUGUUACAAUUUGUUUGUUUUUUUAGUCUAUGGUGAAAUUGUUCUAUUUAGUAAUGAGUUUCACAGAUUUUUAGAAACUUAUUUGUUAAAUUUGUUGUGAAGUUGUUCCAUUUACUAAUGAAGUUUGGGAUUUUUUUUGGAUUAUUUUGGUAUCCUCCAUUAAUUAAUAAUUACAUUGCAUGUAUGUUUCACGAGAAUCAGUUAGUUUGAUUGGUUAACAACAAUAGUGCAUCAUUCAAAAAUUAACCUUCAUAUCAAAAUGAAAUGUUACAUUCGUGAUGACACAUGCUUCCACAGAAAAAGGGCACAGGUAAAUAAAAGAAAAACUUGAUACAAUUUUUUUUGCAUGGUCUUAGGAUAAAAAUGUAAUUAUAAGAAAUGAAUGCUUCUUUUAGUAAUUUGAUAGGGUUGUAAAAGUGUUGAUCGUGCACACAUUUUUAGAAUGAAGCACUUCCGUGCAUACAAAAUGUGCUUCAUUCAACACUUUCACACCCCAAUAAAAUUAAAAAAAGAAGCAUUCAUUUCUUAAAUGAAUUUUAGGAUAAUUUUGGUAUAUUUGGUAUCCGUAUUAAGAUCACAAUCACCCAAGGAUGAAGAACAGCAAUUAAAGUGCUGUUUUUUCUGCCUUAUAUAAAAAAGAAGAUGUGGUAUGAUUGCCAAUGAGACAACUCUCCACAAGAGACCAAAUGACACAGAAAUUAACAACUACAGGUCACCGUAAGGCCUUCAACAAUGAGCAAAGCCCAUACCGCACAGUCAGCUAUAAAAGGCCCCGAAAUGACAAUGUAAAACAAUUCAAACGAGAAAACUAACGGCCUAAUUUAUGUACAAAAAAUUAACAAAUAACAAAUAUGUAACACAUAAACAAACGACAACCACUGAAUUACAGGCUCCUGACUUGGGACAGGCGCAUACAUACAGAAUGUGGUGGGGUUAAACAUGUUAGCGGGAUCCCAACCCUCCCCCUAACCUAGGACAGUGGUGUAACAGUACAACAUAAGAACGAACUAUAAAAAUCAGUUGAAAGAGGCUUAACUCAUCAGAUGGAUAAAAAUACAAAUACUACAAAUACAAGUGGACGUGGCCGGGUACUUGUACAUAGUUUUGCCAAGUGUGUGUUGGGAUUUGUGUCAUGAAGUUAUACACCAUAUCCCUUUUUGCAUUAGAAAGCAAAAAUCUCUAUAAAGCUUGAGUAAGUUUAAUAAUAUGAUUAAAAAUCUUUUUAAAGUUGAUUAAUUCAUCUGUUGUAUAUUUUCAUGAUUAUUUAAAACUACAUUCCUUGCAUAUUACUGUAAAGUUUUAUUUUUCACAGAGUUCAAAUUUUCGUAAUUUCUGGGGCUAAAGUAUUUCAUGAGGUUAUAUUUUCCCAUGUUUUUUUUCCUGUGGGAAUGUAAUUUUGCGAUUUUCAUAAUUGUGAAAUUAGCAAAUAUUUUUCCGCUUUAUAUUAUAGAAGUAAAUGGACCAAACACAAUAUGAACUGUACUAAGAACUAGAAUAAUUUCUAGACAGGGAUCGUUGGGGCAAUACAUUUUUUUCCAUACAUUUAUAUUGUUUUUAUUAUUUAUCUAUUGUUUUUGUAUUCUUGUUUAUAUAAAUUAUCACACAUAAAUCAAUUGAAUCGUAUUCGUUUUUAACUUAGCUUAGGAUCCUUGCUCACUGCUCAACAGAACAUCAUAACUAGGUUGGCUUGACGGAAGAAAAUUGAAUUUUUGGAUGGUAUCAAAUCUUACAGAAGGUCAUCAAUAUUUAGCUUAAUUUUUAUACACUGCAAAAAAAAUUUGGGAUCGUAUAAUGCUAUCAAGUUGUCGUCUGCGUCUCCUUCCGAAGACAUUUGGUUUCCAGACAAUAACUUAAGUUUAGGUGUAUGAAUCUCUUUGAAAUUUAAGCAAAAGGUUCAAUACCACAAAAGGAAGGUUGGGAUUGUUUUUGGGGGUGAUGGUCCUACCCGUUUAGGAAUAAGGGGCCAAAAAAUGGGCCCAAAUCAAGCAUUUUUUCUAUUUUCAGGACAAUAACUUGUGUAUUAGUAUUUUGAUUGCUCUGAAAUUGUACCACAAGGUUCAAUACCACAAGUCGAAGGUUGGGAUU